AUGAUCAAAUAAUCAACUUUUUCAAAAUGUGGUAAGCAUCAUAAAGAUAUCGUCCUAAUUGGAAAGAACAUCGGAAAGUUAUGCAUGCAAUGCAUCACAGAUUUACUUGCUGCUUAAGAAAAUAGUUGUCCAUCUAUUUAAGAUGCUGUGUUAUUACCAGAAAAUAUUUCAAAUCUUUUUAUAAGAUAAUUAGAAGACCAAAGCAAAAAGAAUACAGAGAUAUUAAUGAAAAUUAAAAUAUAUUUAGCAAAUUGGAAAUCAUACAUUUCGAAAGAAAUCGAUAAAAUUAUUGAUAAGAUAGAUAAUUAGAUAUACUAAAUUAAUGAUACAAUCAAAGGAAUAGCAAGGACCUUUCUAAAGAUGGAGGAAACUGUGUAAUUUUCAGCAGCUUGGGGAAAUAUAAAAUCAAAGCUCUUUAAAUAUUCAGAUUUGUCAAAUGAUAUUGUUCAAUCUGUUUUUUUGUUAUAAUAGAAAUAAUAGGAACUUUAUGAAGACGUAAUAAGUAAUACAGGUCUUUAUACUACUAAUGAUAUCAUAGAAGCAUUAGAAGAAUUAAAUAAAUAUGCAAAUUAGAAUGAUGAAGAGUAAUAAAAUUAAUAAAUAUUUGAAUAACUUUUGGAUAAAAGUGUUUUCCAGGAAGAUCUUUGCCGUGCUAUAGCCUUUAGCUAAGAUUGUUCCAUUAUGAUUUCAGGGCAUGUAAGUAAUAAAAUAAAGAUAUAUAAUUUCAAAAAUGAAGAAAUAAAAUUCAAUUAAGAACUUUCAGAACAUACUAAUAUAGUGUAAUGUUUGCACUUUAUGAAACACUUUAAUUAGUUUGUCUCAGGAAGUUUUGAUAAGACCAUUCGAAUUUGGUCCUUUGAUAAUUCUUAGAGUAUAUGGUAUUGUUAAGAAAUAUUAAGAGAGCAUAUUUCUGCAAUUCAAUGUAUGAUAAUGAAUGAAAACGAAGAUUUUAUUAUUUCUGGAAGUCGCGAUAAUUCAAUCAAAUUUUGGAGUAAAGGUUAACGAUGGACCUGUAUUCAAACUCUAACUAAUCAUGAUGCAUGGGUUAGCAAUUUAAGUUUAAAUCAUUCAUAAAACUAGUUAAUUUCAUGUUAAGCAUGGGGAGAUAAACUUUUGGUAUAUUAACUAGAUUCUAAUUCAAAGCUUUGGAUCCUGAAAUAAACGAUUAUUACAACUUUUGGUUAUAGCUUAUGCUUUAUUGAUGAUGGUUAAUUUGUGUAUUAGCCUAAAGGUAUUGAUGUAUUGCACAUUUAUCAAGUCGAAGAAGGAACCAAAAAAUAUAAAAAAGCAGAGGAGCUUUAACUAAACUCCAUCAGUGAAAGUUAUGAUAAUUUUAACAUGUAAUUUAUUAAAGAAAAUUCACAAUUAAUCCACAAAAGUGGCAAAUGCUUAUAUUUAACGAGAAUAGAAAAUAAUGAAUUUAUAUUGGAAUAGUAAAUCAAAUUUGAAACAGAGUACAUUGUUGGAGCGAUAACAAUUAAUGGAAGAUAUUUUGUAACAUAUGAUGACAAAAACAAAGGAUUUCAGGUUCGAAAAAAUAUAAAAUGA